GCGAUGCGGCGGCGCCGCUACCUGCGGGACGGCGCCGAGGGGGCAAGCGGCGGACGGCCGAGCUCGGGGGACUGGCUGUAUGAGUCGUACUACUGCAUGAGCCAGCAGCACCCGCUCAUCGUCUUCCUGCUGCUCAUCGUCACGGGCGCCUGCCUCGCCCUGCUUGCCGUCUUCUUCGCGCUGGGGCUGGAGGUGGAAGACCAUGUGGCAUUUUUAAUAACAGUGCCCACCGCCUUGGCCAUCUUCUUUGCGAUAUUUAUCCUGGUCUGCAUUGAGUCUGUUUUUAAGAAGCUGCUUCGCCUCUUCUCUUUGGUGAUAUGGAUCUGUCUUGUGGCCAUGGGAUACUUGUUUAUGUGUUUUGGUGGUACCAUCUCUCCUUGGGACCAGGUGUCCUUCUUCCUCUUCAUAAUCUUCGUGGUCUACACCAUGCUUUCCUUCAACAUGCGGGAUGCCAUCAUCGCCAGUGUCCUCACCUCCGCUUCACACACCAUCGUGCUCAGCGUCUGCCUGUCUGCGAAGCCGGAGGCCAGGGAGCACCUGGUCUGGCAGAUCCUGGCUAACGUGAUCAUCUUCAUCUGCGGGAACCUGGCGGGUGCCUACCACAAGCACCUCAUGGAGCUAGCCCUGCAGCAGACGUACCAAGACACAUGCAACUGCAUCAAGUCCCGCAUCAAGCUGGAGUUCGAAAAGCGUCAGCAGGAGCGUCUUCUCCUCUCCCUGCUGCCAGCUCACAUUGCCAUGGAAAUGAAAGCUGAGAUCAUCCAGAGACUGCAGGGCCCCAAAGCGGGCCAGAUGGAGAACACCAACAAUUUCCACAACCUGUAUGUCAAGCGGCACACCAAUGUCAGCAUCUUGUAUGCUGACAUUGUGGGGUUCACCCGGCUAGCAAGUGACUGCUCCCCAGGGGAGCUAGUCCACAUGCUGAAUGAACUAUUUGGAAAAUUCGAUCAGAUUGCGAAGGAGAAUGAAUGCAUGAGGAUCAAGAUCCUGGGGGACUGUUACUACUGCGUGUCUGGACUCCCCAUAUCCCUCCCCAACCAUGCCAAGAACUGCGUGAAAAUGGGAUUGGACAUGUGUGAGGCCAUCAAGAAAGUCCGAGAUGCCACUGGGGUGGACAUCAACAUGCGAGUGGGCGUGCACUCUGGGAAUGUGCUCUGCGGCGUGAUCGGCCUGCAGAAGUGGCAGUACGACGUGUGGUCACAUGACGUCACACUGGCCAAUCACAUGGAGGCUGGAGGGGUCCCCGGGCGUGUCCACAUCUCUUCUGUCACCUUGGAGCAUUUGAACGGCGCUUACAAGGUGGAGGAGGGAGACGGUGACAUCAGAGACCCAUAUUUAAAGCAGCACCUGGUGAAAACCUACUUCGUCAUCAACCCCAAGGGAGAACGUCGGAGCCCCCAACACCUCUUCCGGCCUCGCCACAACCUGGAUGGAGCCAAGAUGAGAGCGUCUGUGCGCAUGACCCGCUACUUGGAGUCCUGGGGGGCAGCCAAGCCCUUCGCUCACCUGCACCACAGAGACAGCAUGACCACCGAGAAUGGCAAGAUCAGCACCACGGACGUACCCAUGGGUCAGCACAAUUUUCAAAAUCGCACUUUAAGAACCAAAUCGCAAAAGAAAAGGUUUGAAGAAGAAUUGAACGAAAGGAUGAUCCAAGCCAUUGAUGGGAUCAAUGCUCAAAAGCAGUGGCUCAAAUCUGAAGACAUUCAAAGAAUCACGCUGUUUUUCUACAAUAAAAUACUCGAAAAAGAAUACCGAGCCACCGCCCUGCCGGCGUUCAAGUACUACGUGACCUGUGCUUGCUUCAUCUUCUGCUGCAUCUUCCUCGUGCAGAUCCUCGUGCUACCCAAAACGACUAUCCUUGGAGCUUCCUUUGGAGUUGCGUUUUUCACGCUCAUCUUCAUCCUGCUCGUCUGCUUUGCUGGACAACUUCUGCAAUGCAGUAAGAAGGCGUCCACCAUCUUCCUGUGGCUCCUGAAGUCAUCGGGCAUCAUCGCCAACAGGCCCUGGCCUCGCAUCUGCCUCACGAUCGUCACCACAGCCAUCGUCCUGGUCAUGGCCGUCUUCAACAUGUUUUUCCUGAGUGAUUCAGAAGAGGCAAUUCCUCCAACAACCAACACAUCGAACACAAGUUUUCCCACCUCACGCGACCAGGCGGCCAUUCUUCGUGCGCAAAAUUUGUUUUUUCUCCCGUACUUUAUAUACAGCUGCAUCCUGGGAUUGAUCUCCUGCUCGGUGUUCCUGCGGAUCAACUACGAGUUGAAAAUGCUGAUCAUGAUGAUGGCCUUGGUGGGUUACAACACCAUCCUGCUCCACACGCACGCCCACGUGCUGGAUAGCUACAGCCAGGUCUUGUUCUACAAACCGGGCAUUUGGAAAGACCUAAAGACCAUGGGCUCAGUGUCUCUCUGCAUUUUCUUCAUCACUCUGCUUGUCCUGGGCCGGCAGAAUGAAUAUUACUGUAGGUUAGACUACUUGUGGAAGAAUAAGUUCAAAAAAGAGCGGGAGGAGAUCGAGACCAUGGAGAACCUCAACCGCGUGCUGCUGGAGAAUGUGCUGCCCGCCCACGUGGCCGAGCACUUCCUGGCCAGGAGCCUGAAGAACGAGGAGCUGUACCACCAGUCGUACGACUGCGUCUGCGUCAUGUUUGCCUCCAUCCCGGAUUUCAAGGAGUUUUACACGGAAUCAGAUGUGAACAAGGAGGGCUUGGAGUGUCUCCGACUGCUGAAUGAGAUCGUCGCCGACUUCGAUGAUCUGUUGUCCAAGCCGAAAUUCAGUGGCGUUGAGAAGAUCAAGACCAUCGGCAGCACAUACAUGGCGGCCACAGGUCUGAGCGCCGUGCCCAGCCAGGAGCUUACGCAGGACCCUGAGAGGCAGUACCUGCACAUCGGCACCAUGGUGGAGUUCGCGUUCGCGCUGGUGGCCAAGUUGGAGGCCAUCAACAAGCAUUCCUUCAAUGACUUCAAACUCCGAGUGGGCAUCAACCACGGACCGGUCAUCGCUGGUGUCAUCGGCGCACAGAAACCACAGUACGAUAUCUGGGGCAACACGGUCAAUGUGGCCAGCCGCAUGGACAGCACGGGCGUCCUGGACAAAAUCCAGGUGACCGAGGAGACGAGCGUCGCCCUCCAGACUCUCGGGUACGCCUGCUCCUGCCGUGGCAUCAUCAACGUGAAAGGCAAGGGUGAACUGAAGACUUACUUCGUGAACUCGGAGAUGUCCCGGUCCCUGUCCCAGAGCAACGUGGCAUUGUGA